AUGGGGAAGGAGGAAAUAAGAAGUGUAAUAGAAGAGGACAUGCUAUUUGAACUAAAUACCACCCAGCAGCGCCUCAAGCUCUACAACAAAGUCCCUCCCAACGGCCUUGUCCUGUACACGGGCACUAUUGUCACCGAAGAAGGGAAGGAAAAAAAAGUCACGUUCGGUUUCAUUAUCAUGGAUGGCAAUGGCACCCUCUUUGGGACAUUGAGCGGCAACACCCGUGAAAUCCUGCACAAGUUCACUGUCGACCUGCCUAAGAAGCACGGGCGUGGUGGCCAGUCUGCCACGCGUUUUCUCCGGUUGGGAGAUGAGAAGCGCCACAACUACAUGAGGAAGGCUGCUGAGCUGGCGACCCAGUUGUACAUCAAUGCCCAGACAAGCCAGCCCAACGUGGCGGGGCUCAUCCUUGCUGGCUCGGCCGAUUUCAAGACUAAGCUGAGCCAGUCGGACAUAUUUGACCCUCGACUGCAGGCCAAGAUUCUGAAUGUGGUCGACGUCGCGUACGGUGGGGAGAAUGGGUUCAAUCAGGCGAUCGAGCUCCCAGCUGAUGUUCUUUCUAAUGUCAAGUUCGUUCAGGAGAAGCGCCUGAUCAGGAAGUACUUUGAGGAGAUUGGUCAGGACACUGGCAAAUAUGUUUUCGGGGUGGAUGACACGAUGAAGGUUCUGGAGAUGGGGGCCGUCGAAACAUUAAUUGUCUGGGAGAAUCUUGAUGUGACCAGAUUCGUCCUCAAGAACACCACAACCGGCGAGAUUUUGAUUAAGAACCUGACCAAGGACCAAGCGGCUGACCAGAAGAAUUUCUGGGAUGUUGGAACGAAUGUUGAGCUGGAGGUGCAGGAGGAUAUGUUGCUGCUUGAGUGGUUUGCGAAUGAGUGCCGCAAGUUUGGGUACACUCUCGAGUUUGUGACCAACAAGUCUCAGGAGGGCUCCCAGUUUUGCCGUGGGUUUGGGGGCAUUGGGGGGAUCCUACGCUACCAGCUGGAUGUCCGGGCAUUUGAUGAACUUUCGGAUGACGUCGCGGAUGAACUUUACUCGAGGGAAACCGUGGAAGGCAUGGCGAUGCUUGCUUACUGGGGCUACUUAAUGGUCAAUGUCCGCUUAUCGUUUUACUCAAAACUUAAAUACGAUUAAGCGCUAGUGUCUAGUUUGUUUUCGUGAUUCUGUUUGCAGUUGGAGUGCAAUAUUAUAUUUCAGUGUGGUAAAUAAGCAGCGGAUAUGUUAAUCAGAUGCUUUUGCUGUGUUUAUUUGAAGUUGGGGAUGCUUUGUGUUAUUGAGAAUUUGAAACUACUUUGUUAUUGCUUUGGAUAUUUCUGAAUUAUUAUGGUGUGAUCUUGUUUUGUUGG